AUGAUUUUAUAUGCGCCGAUUAACUGUCCAAGUCCAGUCCCCUGCAUUUCCUUCCAUCUCUCCUCCCCGUUACUUUCCUUCCGAUAUCACCACCUUCCAUUUUUUAAAAACACAAACCCAAAAAUAAUACUAAUAAUUCACGCGUUUCUUCUCCCCUCUUCCAAAUUAGCUAGCUUGCAUUUCCCCAGACUCUCUCUCUCUCUCUCUCUCUCUCUCUCUCUCUCUCUGUGUGUCUUUCCGUAUAUACAUAUACAUGUAACCAAAUGUUUGUCAAACCAAUGCUUAAUUAGUCAACGCUGGCGAAUCCUUUCCACGAGGCUUUCAGAGUUCAUUGCUGUCGAAAUGUGCGAGCGAUGGAGAUUCAAGCGCUACAACCAUCGCAUGGCAACCGUCCUCCUCCUAGCUACACUCCUCAUCUUCCAUCAAAGCCUGACUCUCUGUUCUUCUCUCAACGCCGCCGAAGGGUGGGCGUUGCUCAAGUUUCGGGAUAGAGUGGUGAGGGAUCCAUUUGGUGCUCUGUCAAACUGGAAUGAUCACGUGGAUCACUGUUCCUGGUUCGGCGUUGAGUGCUUUGAUGGAAAAGUAAUCAGCUUGAACUUGAAGGAUCUUUGCAUUGAAGGAACGUUGGCACCUGAGCUUGGGAAGCUGACAUACAUAAAAUCAAUAAUUUUACGCAACAACUCUUUUUCGGGACACAUUCCUGGGGAGGUUGCAGAACUUAAGGAGCUGGAGGUGUUGGAUUUAGGCUACAAUAACUUCAGCGGUCCAUUUCCAUCCGAUCUUGGCAAUAACAUGUCCUUGUCGAUUCUUUUAUUGGAUCACAACGAGUUACUUGGUAGCAUAACUCCUGAGCAAUAUAGACUUACGAUGCUUUCGGAAUUUCAAGUUGACGAGAACCAGCUUACUAGUGCUGCUUUAGGGGCUAGUUGCAACAGCAGAUCUAGUGCUAGGCACCCUGCACGAAGCAGAGAUGUACGGAGGCUGCUCCAAGUGUUGGAUCCUCCAAAUGCACCCGAACCACCACCUCCUUCUAACUCUGCAAUACUGCCAGCGCCACCGUUGCCGCCCCCACCGCCACCCCCACCACCCCCGCCGCCACCGCCCCCCCCCCCCCCUCCCCCAUCACCGCCGCCGCCGCCGCCACCCCCGUUGUCACCACCACCUCUUUCUGACCCUGCAAUACCACCACCACCUCCUUCUGCCUCUGCGUUACCACUACCAGUACCAUUUCCUUCCCCCUCUUCAUCACCAUCGCCAGCGCCAUCAAUAUUAUCACCUUCUCAUCCACCAGUCUCCUCCUUUCCAAUUUUGCCACCAUCUGUUUCCCCAUCACUGUCUUUCACUCCUUCACCCUCAGCAAUGCUGCCACCAAGUCCAGCUCCAUCAGCUCUUCCAAAAGCACAUAUUGAUUCUGAACCACCAGCAUACCUUCCUUCUUCUGCUUCAACUCCUGGCCAAAGUGAACGACAGAAUUCCAAGCCGAAAGGUAAUACAACCUUGAUGUGGUCUGCUGCGACAGGGGGUUCUUUACUCCUAAUUUUUUCAGUUGUUGGUAUUCUCCUCUGUCGAAGCAGUAAGAUUGUUACCGUCAAACCUUGGGUGACAGGGCUAAGUGGGCAGCUGCAGAAAGCAUUUGUAACAGGUGUGCCAAAGCUCCAGCGGUCAGAACUAGUGACAGCUUGUGAAGACUUCAGUAAUAUUAUUGGGUGUCUGUCCGAUGGAACGGUGUACAAAGGGACUCUUUCAAGUGGAGUUGAAAUAGCAGUUGCGUCCACUGCAGUCAAGUCGGCUGAAGACUGGUCAAAAAAGUUAGAAGCCCAGUUCAGAAAGAAGAUAGAAACACUAUCAAGAGUGAACCACAAGAACUUUGUGAACCUUAUCGGGUUUUGUGAAGAAGAGCAGCCCUUCACGAGGAUGAUGGUUUUUGAGUACGCUCCAAAUGGGACGCUGUUUGAGCAUCUGCACGUAAUGGAAGCCGAGCACUUGGAUUGGACAAUGAGACUGCGAGUAGCAAUGGGCAUGGCAUACUGCCUUGAGCAUAUACAUCAACUCACACCACCCUUAGCACACGCAAACCUGCUUUCUUCUUCUAUCUACCUAACAGAAGAUUACGCCGCCAAAAUAUCAGACUACAGUUUCUGGAAUGAGGCGACUGCAACAAUAAUGGGUUCAGCUGCCACUGAGCUUUUGGGAAGCCCAGCUUCGGAUCCAGCGAGCAACGUUUACAGCUUUGGGGUAAUUUUGAUUGAAAUAAUAACGGGUAAAAUUCCACACUCGGUGGGUAACGGCUUACUUGUGGACUGGGCAUCGGAUUACAUGAAGGGGGAAAAGCCAUUUAGAGAAAUGGUGGAUCCGACCCUGUUGAAUUUUCAAGAGGAAGGGCUUGAGAAAAUAUUUGAAGUGAUAAAAGAUUGUGUUCAUUUUGACCCCAGACAGAGACCGACCAUGAAGGAGGUCACAAGUAGGUUGAAGGAGAUUACAGCAAUGGGGCCUGACGGAGCCACACCAAAAUCAUCUCCUCUUUGGUGGGCUGAACUCGAGAUUUUGUCUUCUGAAUCAAGUUAAAAUCGGGGAAAUUGAGCUGCAAAUUAAAAAAAUUCGAAUCUUUUUUCUGUUCCUUCAAGGGGAAGUUGCUGCUUGUAUCUAAUUUUUUUGUUAAGUAUAUUCUUCUAUCCUUCUUUUUUCUGGUUGGAAAUGGUUGUUAGGUGUAGGCAUGUAUCUGUAUAUACUGCACACAGGAAAGUCCUGUUGUUCUUUUCGCUUCGGUUUUACUGUCCCAGGAAUUUGGAAUUUUGAUUUAUCUGACAUAUAACGUUCCGAACAAUUUUUCGGAUUUACCGAGUGGGAUGUGAUAUAAAACUAGCAGUGCUACCGU